AUGGCGUUUCAUGUCUUGCAGGUGUUUUUUGUGUGAGGUGAUUCAAAGGAAGGAUGACUCUCAAGAAGCUGCUGCAGCUGUUUUGUGUCAGUAAGAAGGAUUCCAAGAAGAAAGGCAAAUCAAUCGAUCCGCUUUGGCAAGUGCCGCAGCCCAGAGGCUGACAAGGCCAUACAACUGAUAGGAAACAUCUUGGUCACCGAGAAAAAGUGGUAAAUUAUUAAGGUGCUCUCCGCUCUGUCUAGAAGAGGGCAGAUUUUCAGUCAUAAAUUGCAUAAGUGCACUCCCUCUUAGAUUAUGCGAUUCAACUUACUCAGGGGACUGGUAUGAUUUUUUAAAUAUUUUUCACUCUUAUACUUACCAAUUAGCCCCUUAUAUUCCCUUAAUCUUUAAAGCAGUACUGCAUUUUCAACAUUAUCAAAGGUUCAAGUAGCUAUCUUUCAUUGGUUGAGGGGCAGUUGGAAUCUGCAAACCUAGUUGUGAUGAUAGUCUGGACUGUAUUUUGGUUCAUAUCUCUGUCCUAUGCUCAAAUUAUAUUGUAAUGUCCUUACUCGAUAAUCAUUUACCUACAUCCUCGAUUUCAGCAUCUGCUCCGCACUCCUCUUUGAGUGUCACUGCAAAUAAGAGUCAUUUGGAUCCCUGUUCAAGUAGACAUGAAUGCUCAAGUAUGAUUUCAUCAUUGGCAAGGACUGAACAUGGAACUGGAAGUAACGAUUACAUGUCAUUUAACCAUUUUGAUGUUGUUCAAGAUUUCUCUGAUCACCACUAUGCAAAAACAUCACCAGGAAAGGCCACCAAAGACUGGGUGAAGGCAAUCCAAAGUGAAUGGAAUCUUCUACAGAAAAAUCUACCCGAAUCAAUAUAUGUUAGAGUUUACGAGGACAGGAUUGAUCUGCUCAGGGCUGCUAUAGUUGGGCCAGCUGGAACCCCAUAUCAUGAUGGACUGUUCUUCUUUGAUGUCCGUUUUCCUUCUGAAUACCCAAAAUGCCCACCAAAAGUUCAUUACCAUUCAGGUGGACUUCGAUUGAAUCCGAACCUGUAUGAGAGCGGAAAAGUUUGCCUGAGCCUUCUGAAUACCUGGUGGGGUAAUGGAUGCGAGAAGUGGGGCAAGUCAAAUUCAACAAUGCUGCAGGUGCUGGUCUCCAUUCAGGGCCUUGUGCUGAAUGAUAAGCCAUACUUCAAUGAGCCUGCAAACAAAAAUUCUGCUAAAACAACAGCUGGUGAAAAGAAUUCCUUGGUUUACAAUCAGACAGCCUUUGUGCUGUCCUGCAAGACAAUGUUAUAUUCACUCCGGAAGCCUCCAAAGCAUUUUGAGCAUCCACUGUUCUUACACACUCCUCUUUCCCUGCAGCAUUUUGAGACCCUUGUUGCAGGCCACUUUCAUGAGCGUGAGCAUGCCUUCCUCGACGCAUGCAGCGCUUACAUGUCUGGGACAGUCGUCGGAUCAUCUGCUGGAAGCGGCGCCAGAUAUGCCUGUGACAAGUGCUUUGCAGAUUUCAAAAAGUCGCUGACGCUGUACACUGAACAUCUCAGGACCGACUUUGCUGCUAACAGAAGUCGCUUGCUGGAACUGGAAAGACAGGCAUCAGCUGUGGGUGAGAUAGUGCCUAUCAGCUAGAAUUCUUUUGUCAGAACAACACCUGAUCAUUGCAUUUCACCUUCCGAAGUCCUAAUUAAAAGGUGAAAUGGUGUAAUAGGUCACAAUUCGCACGCUUAAAUAUAGUGCUAGGUUCUCAAAGGUGCAUGGCGUAGAAAAGGCUUUUGUAUCUGGUACAAGAGUUGUUCUUGUCAGAUAUUACCUAUUUCUGGUGAUGGGUCAUCUAUUUGAUUAUAUAGAAAAAUUAGACUCAUUCUGUGCUAAUC